CCUUCCUCCGCUUGCGAGAACGGACCGAUCGCACAACUUCGCUCCACCACCCCCCGUCACUGGUAUACACACUUUCGACAAACCUCCUCUCUCUCACGCAGCCAGCGUCACAUCGAGCCAGAGCCGAUACUUCCAGCGCCAGCAUCGCAGUGUGCGUACUGUGCACAGGACUGCGCACACCAUCCGCUCUACCCAGCGCCGCCUAGCGCGCAGGCAUGGCGGUGUCUUUAGGACAAGACAGCGACCGGCCGCCGGGCAAGCAGCAGCAGCAGCAGACCUUCCACGAUGAUGGCCCUUCCACAUCCACGCAGCAUGCAUCUCCUCCCGCCAACGCCAACGGCCAAACCGAUAUUGCUCUGCGCCCCCACGAGCAGCACGGGCUCGUGGGACUAUCCUCCGCUGCACAGGACCGGUCGCGGCCGUCCCUGGACCGACCGCACGAUCAUGGCAGCAAGGAACGCUCCAAGUCGGGAGGAAGAAGGCCCAGUGGACACCAUCAGCGCACGUGCGGCAAGUGUCAGAGAGCCUUGACCGGCCAAUUUGUGCGGGCUUUGGGAGAUACAUAUCACUUGGAAUGCUUUACAUGUCAUGACUGCGGCAAAAUCGUCGCCUCCAAGUUCUUCCCUGUGCCAGAUCAGCCACCGAAUCAAUACCCCUUGUGCGAAACCGAUUACUUCAAAAGACUUGAUCUGUUGUGCUAUGCGUGUGGCGGGGCUUUACGAGGCUCGUACAUUACUGCGUUAGAGCGCAAGUACCACAUUGAGCACUUCACCUGCUCCGUGUGCCCCACUGUUUUUGGCGCACAGGACUCCUACUAUGAGCACGAGGGCAAUGUGUAUUGUCACUUCCACUACUCGACCAAGUUUGCGCAAAAGUGUAAUGGGUGCCAGACCGCCAUUCUUAAGCAGUUUGUGGAGAUUUUCCGAAACGGAGUGAAUCAGCAUUGGCACCCAGAGUGCUACAUGAUCCACAAAUACUGGAAUGUUCGAUUGCAUGCACCUCCCCCUAAGGGCUCUGAGGAAGAAUUCGCGUUGGAACGGCAGAGGCAGAUACAGGCUGGCAUAGAGGUCGAUGCAAGCGCUGAUCAGAGGCGAACGGUACGGACAGAGGAAGAGGCUGUGGAAUACAAGGUGCACUGGAUAUGGCAUACGUUGUCGACCUUCGAAGAGCGAUCUGCGACUCGCAUUUCGGACAUGUUGCUGCACGUGAGCAACGGCGCAUACAUGGACGGAGUGGUUGCAGCGAAGAAAUUCAUCACUCAUGUCGACCUUUUAUUUGGUGCAGCAGACGAUCUGGACCGCAGGCUUCAAGUGCGACCUUCGAACGGACCAGACAAGACGGUUCGCACAUUUGACGCUAUUGUGCAUCCUGGACUCAGCUACAGCAGAGAAGCCAAGCUGCUAUGUAAGAAAGUGGUAGCCUUUUUCCAACUACUGGCCGAGAACCAGGACAACGGUGUCCGUAGACUUGGCGUCACGCAGGAACUACUCUCACUCGUGACGGGCCUGGCGCACUACCUCAAGCUCAUGAUUCGAAUAUGCCUUUCGGGUGCUCUAAAGCUCGAGCGAGAAACGUCAAGCGCACAAGGCUUGGAAGGAUUUCUGGAAGAUAUCAGCAAGCUCGACGAGCGACUUGAAACAGAGGGCCAACGAGACUCCAGAGCUGAUGCUGAAGCCUAUGUCGACAAAAGCGCCGACACUUGCGUGGUCUGUAACAAAGCCGUCGAGGAUAAGUGCUUCCGCAAAAAGAAUCAGGUGAUACACACGCAGUGCUUGAACUGCGCCAAAUGCGGCAAGGAUUUCAGCGAUGAUCCUAGCAGUGCACGAUGGAGCGAACAAGCUGGAAGAGCGUGGUGCGAACUACACGCACCUGCUGAUGCCGAAGCAGGCGGAUUCGAGACCGUGUCACGAUUGCAACAAUAUGUUCACCUCCUCCGGGUCGCCCACGCGAGACUUCUUGCCACGUUGAGAACGGGCGGCGCUCUACCGCAUACCAGCGACGACCCCAAUUUGCUAGGCUACGACUCACGCGAAGGUCAUGCUGCCUCGGGCGAGGCACAGCCACCUCUGUUACGCUCCAACACACGAUCAAGAUCAUAUGCUGGAAGGUCGCCUGGUCAGAGAAACCAAGGCGAGCAAAGCUAUGAAGAUACGAUGGGUGACAUACGACGCCUGCGUAGUACCAGGAUGGACAAGCACCUGUCGAAUGCUACGAAGAAGGCUCGCACAUCGCGCAUCAUUGAUGGACCGGAGGGCAUGCGUCCAGGUUCGGCAGAUGGCGCAGAUCGCAAUCGCAGAAAAAGCACUUUCCAAAUCGUCGAAGACCGAGCUGCGCAUGGUGAUUCUGUUUCUCAGCUCACCUUUGGCAAGCAGGAUGCAAUGACUUUGGACGACAUACCAAGAAUUGUGCAGGCACAACAGACGAGGGAGCAAAGGCCGAAUGCUUCGAGAUUUGCCCGACAGCCCAUGAUUCCCCAGGAGCCAGUGCCGAGGCUUGUCAAUGGCCAUACUCGCGACUUCUCGGGAGAUGGAGGUGAAAAGAUGGAGACUCGACCACCAGGCACGAAGAAGUACUUCUCGGAGCUUACAGCCCUGGAAUACUUCAUCGUCCGCCACGUGGCAGUGCUCUCCAUGGAGCCACUGGUAGAGGGUCACUUUAACCAGGAAGAACUGCUAGACCUCAUCGAAACACGUAAGCAAAACUUCUGGAGCAAAUUCGGCAAAGCGUUUCAGGGUAAGGAGAAGAGACCGAGAGCAGCGAAGAAUGCCAUCUUUGGCGUACCUCUGGAGCAGGUACUGGAGCGAGACUACGAAGAAAGCACAGAUGGCGUUGGACCCGGCUCUUUGAAGAUUCCCUCGCUGGUUCAAGAAUGCGUCAGCGCCAUGAAGACUAUGGAUAUGUCUGUGGAAGGUGUAUUCCGCAAGAAUGGCAAUAUCAAGCGACUUAACGAUGCGAAGGAGGAGAUUGAUACCAAGGGCGCUGUGCAAGUUGACUUGACGAAGGAGAAUCCUGUGCAAGUGGCUGCAUUACUGAAGAAGUAUUUGCGCGAACUGCCUGAUCCGUUACUUACCAACAAGCUGCACAAGCUGUGGACAACCUCAUCUCGAAUCGAGGACAAUGAGCGUCGGCGGCGACUGUUGCAUUUGACUUGCUGUCUGUUGCCCAAAGCACACAGAGACACCAUGGAGGUUCUUUUCACUUUCCUCAAUUGGGUGUCUAGCUUCAGCCACGUCGACGAAGAGAGCGGCAGCAAGAUGGACAUUCACAACCUGGCGACUGUGAUCACGCCGAAUAUCAUGCACAGCGGAAAAGACGCCGUGCCCGUCGAAGAUAGCUUUCUAGCCAUCGAAGCUGUUCACAGCUUGAUUGAAUGCAACGAAAGCAUGUGCGAGGUGCCGGAGGAUCUUGCAAUGAUACUGAACGACUCCUCACUCUUCAGCAACACGGCGGAGAUUACCACGAAGGAAAUCUUGAAGCGCUAUGGUGACCGCGCAAAGGCGCCCACGGUCAACAGUGGCCAUGUUGUCGUUGCGCAGAAUGGCACUACAUCGCCGCCAACGUCAGCGCCGAUUGUCACAAGAGUGGACACCGAUCACUAUCAACAGAGCGCAUGGCAGAACGAGAGCUCCGUGAGGCAUGUCGGCAGCGAUCGCGAUCCGAUGACGCUACCAAACCUUCCAUAUGCGAACCCAAACGCCAGCACCGAGUCGCAUGGCAGUCCGAACAGAGCAAGUCGCGCAGGACCACAGCAACGGGCUGUAGGGAUCGUGUAGAAUGAUGCUGUAAUAUGGCGUUAGACUCGGGAUCAACCAGGCUUGCCUCGUUGUGAAAUUGGACACCAAAUGCCGGGCAGAUGGGGCAAAAAGACGUUUCAGCUUCCCAAAGUUACACAUUCCACAAUUCCAACGGAAGUGGACUGUUCAACCUUGGAGGGCCCCUGGCUUUCCAUUUGGAGUUGACUCGAGGGGUUGAUCAUGAAGGGCAAAAGACCAUUCGAACACUCCAGUCAUGAACUGGCGUGUGUGUGUAUUGGAAGGGGGGGAUUUUUUUUUAAGAAAAGAAGAAAAGGAGAACAUGGAGCAGAGAGAGAGAGAGAGAGAGGCGCGAUUUGAACGCAUUGCAUACCCCCCAUCCCCCGCCAUUACAGUAAUGGCGUUGCAGAAAAGGAAAAGGAUAAAAAUGAAAAUAAGUAGCUGUCUGCUCAAUCGGCGACAGAGAAAGAAGAAGAAGAAGAAGAGAUGAAUCAUUGGUUCGUCAUGUGCCAGCCAGCUGGGUAUAGUAGUGACUUUUUUUUUCUUCUUGAGAUGAAAAAGAG